UGCAGGUGAUAAGGCUGAGAUAUAAAGGGGGCUGUGGGCCCCUCUUGGCCACCAGGCUGCCACAGAGCAAGGAUGGCCAGCAGGAAGGCGGGGACCCGGGGCAAGGCUGCGGCCACCAAGCAGGCCCAACGGGGCUCUUCCAAUGUCUUUUCGAUGUUUGAGCAAGCCCAGAUCCAGGAGUUCAAGGAGGCCUUCAGCUGCAUCGACCAGAACCGUGACGGCAUCAUUUGCAAGGCGGACCUUCGGGAGACCUACUCCCAGCUGGGAAAGGUGAGUGUCCCAGAAGAGGAGCUGGACGCCAUGCUGCAGGAGGGCAAGGGCCCCAUCAACUUCACUGUCUUCCUCACACUCUUUGGAGAGAAGCUCAAUGGGACUGACCCCGAGGAAGCCAUCCUCAGUGCCUUCCGGAUGUUCGACCCCAGCGGCAAGGGCGUGGUGAACAAGGAUGAGUUCAAGCAGCUCCUCCUGACACAGGCAGACAAGUUCUCUCAGGCCGAGGUGGAGCAGAUGUUCGCCCUGACGCCUGUGGACCUGGCCGGCGACAUCGACUACAAGUCCCUGUGCUACGUCAUCACCCACGGUGAUGAGAAGGAGGAGUGAGUGGCUGCAGGGAAACCUGGGGCCACUCCUGCCACCCCAAUAAACCUAGUUUCCAACGA